AGUGUUAUUUUAAUAGUGGAGGUGAGCGUAAGAAUUUACCAAUAAAAAAUAUUUUCUUUACGAAAUUCCACGUAGAAACGUCGAGUUGCUUCAACCAGGGUCGAAGUUGAACCCGAACAACGACGAUAGUGACUUAGCGGAGAAGUGAGAAGGAACCACUCACCGGCGGCGGAAUAUAUGACUGGCGAAGAAUUCUCAGGUCCUCCCGGACCCAAACUCACGCGUCUCGUCUACUUUGUUGGCGCCGCAGUGGCCUGCACCGUUGCAAUCAACAAAUGGCGUGAGUUCGAAAGUAAGUCAAUCAUCCAACAGCAGGAGAAGCAGCCAGGAGUCAAGGUAGUUGCGGAGAUAACUAAUUCGUCGGAUUCUGUUGGUGUUCACAAAGCUCUCAAAUAAGGUUGAGACUUCAGAGUUUGACUUAUGGCCAUCGGUUGGAAAGGGAAGGGUUACUCUGAGGUUCACUUCAAAAUUUCAAAUAUCAAAAGGAAUUUGGGAUCAUGUUUACAAAAUUUUUGGAAGCCAAAAACUACAAGCUCUUGUGCAACUCAAGUAAAUUUUUUUGUAUAGUGCUGAAUGUCUCAAACAAAUGUUUUCCUUCACUUAUUAAUAUUAUUGCUUAAAUUUUGCAUGUAUAAUGUCGCUUUAACCUCAAAAUGCAAGUUGAGAGUUACGUUGGUCAGCGAUCACUUUUGAUCAUUCAAUAUGCAGUAAAUUAAACUACCAAUUCUCCUUGA